CAGCGCAGUGAGGCGGUGGAGUCUGACCUGAACAGCGCGCUGAACCGCAGAGCAGACGGAGCCCGUGUUGCAAAGUCUUGAAGCUGGAACUGCUUCCUCGGCUGUGACCGGCCUGGUGAGCUCCGUGGACCGCGGUUGUCGGCACAGUGCGGUCGGACAGGAGCGUGGCUGGAGGUCUGAGCUGGAGGUCUGAGCUCAGCCCUGCCGGGGCCGGUGCAUGCCUGCCUCUCUCUCCUCCCUCCGGCAACACACGGACACACGCAACGGCAUCAAAUUACCCUCGGAUUUACUUCAUUGUACACUUAAAGGGGAUUUUACUCAGUUGCUUAUCCGGCAUAAUUGAGACAGCUGCCUCUCAGCUCAGCGGAGCUCAUCAUACCACUUCGACCCCGCUGUCUUCUCCGCCACACUCCCCCUUUGCUGUCUGUCGGCCUGACUCGCUUCCCAGGAAACUUAACGGGAUCAGAAGAGCGUUCAUCAAGUGGCGGCGCAGUCAGAGGUAGCCAGAGCCAUCAUGGCCGUGUCCCAGGAGGUGUGCGUGCGUCUGGGGCUCUGGACGCUCCUCUUGCUUGGUGCAGGCAUGGAGGAAGUCGUGGAAGGAUGUAGCUGCCACCCAGCACACCCACAGCAGCUCUUCUGCAGCGCUGAGAUCGUGAUAAGAGCAAAGAUCUCUGGAGAAAAGAUUGUGUCACCUAGCAACAGCUCCUCACCAUACAUGAAGAUGAUCCAAUAUGAGAUCAAAAUGAUCAAGAUGUUCAAAGGUUUUGACAGGGCCAAGGACAUCCAGUACGUGUACACUCCUGUCUUCUCCUCACUGUGUGGAGUCAAGCUGGACUCCAACAAUAAAGCAGGUUAUCUGCUCUCAGGGAGUAUGUGGAGCGACGGCAGGAUUUCAAUCGGCCAGUGCGACCUGGUGGAGUCAUGGGACAACUUAUCACUAUCACAAAAGAAGAACCUCAAUUUCAGAUACCAGAUGGGCUGUGAAUGCAGAAUCAACACCUGUUACACGGUGCCGUGUGCGUCGACAGGAGAGAACGAGUGUUUGUGGACGGACUGGCUUCUGGAUAACAGUCUAAAUGGGGAGCAGGCUCGGCAGUACGCCUGUGUCCGCCGCUCGAACACCACCUGCAGCUGGUACAGGGUCGGCCUUACAUCUGAGAAAGACUUCUUGGACAUAGCUGACCCAUGACCUGUUAUUCUGAGAUCACUGUGAGGAAAUGAGGAAAAAAUCUGUCACAGUCAAAGAUUCGAGUAAGCAAAAACCCAACAGUUUUUUCGUUUGUUUAGCAAAGUUGGUAUUACAUGUAACACAGGAAGGAAAAGUUUAAGUUGCCAGAGCUAGGUAAAAAUGAAAGUUGUAAAUUUCCUGAGAGAUGAAAUAAAUAAAAAAUAACUUUUGCCACAAUGUAGCAUUGCGAGGUGUGCAUUGUGCACCGCUACAGCUGCAGGAGCACUGCUGGACUUUUCCCUGGUAAAUAUUUCCUUUACAUAAUAACACAUAAUAGUUAAUUGCACACGAAAACACACAAUAGUGCCAUGGAAAUUUUUUAGGAGCUAAAACUAAAGCAAAGAUGCAUUCAUUAAUAAAGCCAAGAAUGUUUUUUUUAUUUAUUUUUUUAAUUUAUCAAUUAAAUUCAGACAAAAUGCAGAAAAAUGAAGAGAAAAAUAAUAUAUUUUUUUCUCUUCAUGCAACCCCAUUAAGUCGGUGGUAAAACUAUCCUUCUUUUUUAUGUUUAUGAUAGUUUUUUUUGUAUUUGUCACUUUAAUUUGGUACAAAUAAGGAUAACAUUGUGUGAUGGAAUCCAAGCAACUCCAGAAAAAAGCAUCGUCAGACAUUUUUAAACGAAUCAUGGUUCAUAACAUAUCAACAUGGACAUCUACAGUAAAUCUUGACAUUUUCAUCUCAAAGUUGUGAGACUGUAAAUAUUGUACAUCAGUGGGAUUUAACAUUUUAACCAGAUCUUUUCCCAUAGCAUAGAGAUUGUCUUGUGCUUUUUGUACGUUUAGUCUCCUUGGAUGAGCUCUAUGUCGUUUCCUGUGCCAAAAAUCUAAUCCAGCGCUUUAACAACAGCAUUGCCACUCGUAGAAGCCACGCCUCUUCUCCUUAGAGGAAAUGAUGUAACAGGGAAAGGUCACUUUUUUUAACCCCUUAAAAGUCGAACUGAAUUGUUCCCUUCAGAUUUGUAAUGAUUAGUUAGACCAUCGUUCAGUAUAAUAAUAUAUUAAGACCUGAGUCUGGAGUGACCCAUGUCUUGUUUCUGGACGACUUCACUAAAUUCGUACAGAUUAAAAUUAUCACCUGCAA